GCUGUGUCGAUACUGGCAGGGACAGUCUGUUCUAACAGAACUAGCGGGUCAGGCGGCUCCGCACGGCCGCUGAACAGACCACAGAAACGCGGCGGUUCGGCGGUUUUGUGGUUCUCGCCACGUUUUUAUCCGCAACGCCGCCCAAAACAUGGCGAGCAGCAGCGACAGGCGUCCUCGCCGCGCGUGACGCUUAGUUUUUUGUUUUUGGAGGCUCGCGAGGAAGCGCGAGCGAACGGGAUGAUAUCAUAACUGGGCGAAAACGGGAGCUCGAGGACAGAAUAUAAUUCCUCUUCCGAGCAUAAAAACAGCGCUUAGUCCGGUAAAAUGGCUGGAAUUUGUAGCAGCUCCACAUCUGGAAUGGGUGACAUCAUCCAGCUCAACGUCGGCGGGACGAGAUUUAGCACAUCCAGACAGACUCUCAUGUGGAUUCCAGACUCUUUCUUCUCAAGUUUGCUCAGUGGGAGAAUAUCAACACUAAGGGAUGAAACUGGAGCUAUAUUUAUUGACAGGGACCCAACAGCAUUCGUGCCCAUUUUAAACUUCCUUCGGACAAAAGAAUUAGACCUACGGGGGGUUAAUAUAAGCAUUUUGCGGCAUGAAGCUGAGUUUUAUGGAAUUACACCUUUAGUUCGACGUUUGCUGUUAUGUGAGGAGCUAGAAAGAUCAUCAUGUGGAAGUGUGCUUUUUCAUGGAUACCUCCCACCGCCAGCUAUUCCGGCCCGCAAAGCUGCUGGUGGGCAGACUGCAGCUGCUGCCGGCCAGGAGGAGCGCCCAGGCCCCAGUGGAGCAGAGGGGGGCUUCCCACGCUCCUGCCCACAGUCAGCCCUGCCUGGGCCUUCUGGAGGGGAGGAGUCAACAAGACUCGCAGGAUCACCAGUGGAUCCCAGGAAGGUGUUAAUAGUCGCUGGCCAUCAUAACUGGAUUGUUGCUGCCUACGCUCAUUUCGUCAUUUGUUACAGGAUAAAGGAAUCCUCAGGAUGGCAGCAGGUGUUCUCCAGUCCUUACCUGGACUGGGCCAUUGAGCGUGUGGCCCUUAAUGCGAAGGUAGUAGGUGGUCCCCAUGGAGACAAAGAUAAGAUGGUGGCGGUGUCGUCAGAAAGCAGGAUCAUUCUGUGGAGCAUACAGGAUGGUGGAAGUGGGAAUGAGAUCGGUGUGUUCAGUCUCGGAGUGCCUGUCGACUCUCUGUUCUUCAUUGGGAGUCAGUUGGUUGCCACCAGUCAUACUGGGAAGGUUGGGGUGUGGAAUGCAGUCACUCAGCACUGGCAAGUGCAGGACGUUGUGCCCAUUACAAGCUGUGACACUGCCGGGUCCUUUCUGCUCCUGGGUUGCAACAAUGGCUCUAUUUACUACAUUGACAUGCAGAAGUUCCCACUGAGAAUGAAGGACAACGAUCUCCUGGUGACCGAGCUCUACCAUGACCCCUCAAAUGAUGCCAUCACAGCACUCAGUGUCUACUUAACACCCAAAACCAGUGUGAGUGGAAACUGGAUAGAGAUCGCUUAUGGCACCAGUUCAGGGGCAGUGCGCGUAAUAGUGCAGCACCCAGAGACAGUGGGAUCUGGGCCACAACUCUUCCAGACCUUCACAGUCCACCGCAGCCCUGUCACUAAAAUCAUGCUGUCUGAGAAGCACCUGGUAUCAGUGUGUGCUGACAAUAACCACGUGCGAACCUGGACAGUGACGCGCUUCAGAGGCAUGAUCUCCACCCAGCCGGGAUCAACGCCGCUGGCUUCCUUUAAGAUCAUCUCCCUGGAAGAGACAGAGAGCCACAGCAGCUACUCCUCUGGCAACGACAUAGGUCCUUUUGGAGAGAGAGAUGACCAACAAGUGUUUAUUCAGAAAGUUAUCCCCAUAACCAACAAACUCUUUGUCCGUCUGUCUUCUACGGGAAAGAGGAUCUGCGAGGUGCAGGCAGUUGACGGCACCACCAUCACCUGUUUUACGGUGCGCGAGUGUGAAGGCUCCAGCCGCAUGGGCUCCCGCCCGCGCCGCUACCUCUUCACCGGGCAUGCCAACGGCAGCAUCCAGAUGUGGGACCUAACCACAGCCAUGGAUACGGUCAACAAAAGUGAUGACAAAACAAAGCGGGACGCUGCUGAAGUGGGAGGGCCCACAGAGGAGGAGCUUCUGAAGUUGCUGGACCAAUGUGACCUGAGCACAUCGCGCUGCGCGACGCCCAACAUCAGCCCCGCCCCCUCAGUGCUGCAGCACGGCCGUCUUCGAGAGUCCUGCUCCAGUCUCCAGCUGCAGACCCAAGAUCCCAUUCCAGAGACGGCCACGUACGGAGCCCUGCGGCCAUACAGAGAGAGCCCCCUGCUGGCCCGUGCCCGCCGCACCGAGAGCUUCAACAGCUACCGUGACUUUCACAGCCUGAACCUGGCCAAGGUCCUGAUGGAGCACAAUGGGCAGUGCGGUGCGGAGGACGAGGCACGGCAGCAGAGUGACAGCAACGGUGAAGACGGGGACAAGAAGAGUUUGGCUACAGAGCAGUGGAACUCUAGGGCCUCAGAGAGUCCAGCAGCAGCCUUCAGCCGCCAGGCCCCAGACAGCCCUGGAGACCCUCGCCGCAGGACCCACUCGUCCGACGAGGGAGCUUCAGACUGCCGGCCCGAGGGCAGGAGAAGGGGGGCGUUCGAGGGGAAUUUCCUGAGCCGGAAGAGGGCACCUCCGGUCCCUCUGCUGAGCUCUGUGCCUAUGGGGGCUGACACAGGAGGCAGUGACUCCUCCAGCACUGCCUCACCCUCUCCAACUAAAGCAUCCACUUCCCCACGCCACCGCAAAGGCCCAGACACGACGAGCGAGUGAUGCCUCGUGCACUGUAAAGUGUACAGCAGUGGUUCUCAGCUUCUCCUGCCCUGCAUAUUUUAGCCUUUUCCCACCCUCUUCAACUCAGCAAGGGCUCGUUAAUAAGGAUAAGGUGAGUUAAAGCAGCGAUUCUCAACCUGUUUGAGCCACGAGGCCCCCAAAAUUGGAAUAGGAUUAAGUUUUCAGUUCCCCUUAAAAUACACUACAGAAACCUUCUACACAUUUCUCCAGUGAAACACACUACAGCAGCUUUCUUCUCUUAUGGGACCAGGGCUGUCAAAAAUUCACAAUUUGAAUAUUCAUCAAAUUUAAUGAAAUAAGCAGAACAAGUUCAUUCGAAUGUUUAAAACCUUUGCUGUGGCUCAUAAUGUGUUCUAAGCCAGUUGGUAAUAAUAUCACUGACAGGACUACCAGAUAGACAGAAGAACAUAACUUUGCCAACUAGGCCUCCUGAUAUCUAAAAGUAAUAAGUGGCUUAUGCCUGAUUCUCACAUGCUGCCUUCGCAUGGCGUGAGCAGUGCGGCAGCGUCCUUUCAUAUAUACAGCACUUGUGCUGUGGAGCGGAGCAGCGAGGAAGUUGGAUGGGUGGAAGGAUGGAUAGAUAGAUCACUUUAUUAAUCCCAGGGGGAAAUUUUUCUAUUGCAGCACUUCAAAGCACAGUAAAGAAGAAAACAAGAGCAAAAUGAACAGGAGCAAAGUGUUGCCCUACACUACAUACAGAUAUAUAAAAAGUAGGUAGAGAUAAAUAAUACUAUAAAAUAUACUGAAACAAUAAAUAAUAAGAGUGAUGUGCAGUACAGAAUACAAAGUAAUUGCAUCAAUACUAUGCAGGAGACAGUGCGGUGGUGCCUGUCCCUCCAGUGAAAGAGCUACUCACUAUGGACUGUUAACAGUUGUACAGUUUACCUUUAACAAUUUGACAUACAUGGAAUUUAUAAACAAAGUCACAGUGCAAUAUGAGAGAUGAUAAACAAAAUAAAUAAACUAAGUUAUACCUACAUUCCUUUUUCCAGAUGAAUAAAUAGAUCAGUCACUCGGCUCAAUAAAGAAAUAAUUUAUAAAAGAGCACAAUUGUUUACCCAAGACAGCCUUCUGACUUGAAUGGGCAAUGACUUCAAGUCUGGUAGACCAUCCAGGAAACCUGUUUGCAGCACAGAAUGUUUAACUAGUGUUUCGUUUCAUAACAUACAUUAAUGAAAUUAAAGCAUUAGUGUUUUUAAGUUUUUAUUCACAUGAUAAACAUUAAUUUAGAAGGCUUUUACUGCAGCUAUGCUCCCUACUUAUUUCCUUUGCAAAAUAAUAAUUUCAUUUUGUAAAGUAACGUAUUUAAAAUUCGAAUAUAUUUCAGCAUUUGACAAACAAACAAAGAAAACAUUCUAUUUUUACGUUUACAUUUCCCUUCUGCGUGCACUCUGUUUCACUCCUGCCGCCGGGAGGUUAUUGUUGUGGGAGAAUUUAAUGAAAAAGACGUUCUUAAAAAAAACAGUGCAAAAAAUGUGCCAAAAAAUUAAGCUUUUAAUGUUCUUAACAAGAACUAAACAAAUAGAAUUAAACUAAUAUAUAAAUUAGGGGGUGGGGUCGUUUGGGAGAGAUUUUCCCUUUGAUCUUUAAGUGUUGAAGUGUGGUGGGAAAACUUGCAGACCACUUUUUUUACAGUAAGAAAAGUCAAUAUGGUUUCACUCAGCAUUGAUGGUUUCAGACAGUUGAAAAACAUUCCAGUCUAAGUUGUGUUUAAUGUGAGACAAAAUACAGGGUGAUUCACAAAGGUUCAUCUGAUUUCAAAAUGAUUUACUUCACUUGUAAAUCAUUAC